UUAGGUCAGGACAUUCAGCCUGCACGUGACUUGAGCAGAUUUGUAAGAUGGCCCAAGUAUAUACGUAUACAACGACAAAGGGCUGUCCUACAAAAGAGAUUGAAAGUACCACCAACUAUCAAUCAAUUUACUCAAACGUUGGAUAAGCAAACGGCAACACAACUCUUCAAAGUGUUGGAAAAAUAUAGGCCUGAAACCGCAACCAUGAAGAAGGCUAGGCUAAAAGCGAGAGCGGAACAAAAAAUUGCAAAGAAAGAAGAUACACCAACGAAAAGACCGAAUGUAAUCCGCAGUGGAACAAAUACGGUAACCACGCUAGUCGAGCAAAAGAAAGCUCAGUUGGUUGUUAUUGCACAUGAUGUGGACCCUAUUGAGAUCGUAUUAUUCCUCCCUGCCUUGUGCCGUAAAAUGGGUGUCCCAUACUGUAUCAUCAAAGGCAAAGCGCGUUUGGGACGUUUGGUUCGACGCAAGACCUGCACAGUGAUUGCCCUUACUCAGGUGGAUUCUGGCGAUAGAGCUAAUUUCGCCAAAAUCGUUGAAGCCAUUAAGACGAACUUCAACGACCGGUAUGAUGAGAUAAGGCGUCAUUGGGGCGGUGGGAUAUUGGGAAGCAAGUCCGCGGCAAGAAUAGCUAAAUUAGAAAAAGCUAAAGCCAAGGAACUUGCUCAGAAGCAAGGUUAAUAUUACCUGUGUCUUCUGGAAAACCAAUAAAGAAAAUAAAACACA